GAUUUAUUUUCUAAUGUAUUGUUGCUCAUUAAAAUACGUGAAUUAUAAUAGGUAAACCUUAGUUAGAAAUGAGCUUAUUAGAUAAUCUUAGGGAAGAAAUCCAUGAUGUCUUUAAAAUUUUUGACGAUGAGGAGGCUGGUAGCAUCUCAAUGCGAGAGCUAACUUCUGCGAUGUAUACCAUUACUGGUGAACGUAUUUCUCGGAUGGAGAUGCUCAAACUAUUGUCUUAUGCGCGAGAAAUCGUUAGCGAGAAUCACCGACGCCAAGAGCUUAUUUUUCAAAAGCUUCAGAUGACGACUCCAGGGUUGGGAUCCGAGCAAGGCGCCAAUAAAAGCAAAGAAAUAUCCGAUUUCAAUUCCAAUGUGAAGACCGAUACCGAAAAUCUGAACUCCCUCACUGUCGCAAAUAAACACUUGUCGACAGAAAGUGGAAAAAUUGAUCAUGACGGCACUCAAAACCAGUACCUUUCCUCUUGCUCUAAAAGGAACAUUAAUAAUGAUGGGGUAGACAUAGAGGUCUUUGAACAAGUAGUCAUGCGAAAGCUUAACUCUCAUAGCCAACAAGAGGAACUUUUGUUUGCGUUUGGGUUCCUGGAAGAUAAGUCCUACCCGGGAUAUAUAACAAAAGAAAGUUUGAAGCGUGCAGCUGCAGAGUCGGGUGAACCGUUAACCGAUGCGGAGAUCGCUGAAAUGUUUGACGUAUCUGUAACUGGAGUGCCUACCCCCGCGGUUGACUUCAACACCUUUUCGGUUAUUCAAUCUUCGUCACGGAAAAUAGAUAUCUAAAAACGAUGUAAAUGUAGAAAAAUUGUUUUAGUGGAUCACUUGUUUGUAAUUCGUAGCGAUUUAUAUAUGUAUGAUUUAUCAAUUUCAAAAGUCCUUCUUAUUCAUAACUUGCUAUGCUAAAGUUUUGAGAGGCUCUGUAAUUUUUGGAUAAUUAUGGUGAGAGCACUAUCAGUUGAACUGAAGUAUCAGUUGAAUAGGGGCAUGGUUUUUUAAAGUGCUAAUUUGCUCUUAUUUUGUCCGUAUUUACGUUAUGAUCUAUAUAUUUUGUGUGAUAAGGACGA